CCGAGGACAAGAGGAGGGUUAAGCAAUAAAUCAGAAUACAUACAGUUAUUAAACAGUUCAAUAAAGGAAUGAACUGAACACAGUCAUACAAUGUAGAUCUUUCCAGACUUCCAGAUCUAAUAGAGAAAAUUAGGAUCUGGGGGUUCAUUUCAGUCAAAGGCUCAGCCACCUUAAAUCCCGCAUUAACAGAAUUAACCCAGUCAUCCAGAGUAGGAGUGUGUUUCCCCCUGCCCUCCUUAUCUCUCACUGUCUUACUGCUGAGACACUCAAUUCUUCAGCCAUCGUCUGUCCGAUCAACACACAGUUUGGCCUCUGAAAACAAAAGAAGAGGACAAGCCUGUGAACAAAAAUAAAGGAGAAGUUCAGUGGCAAGUACUUGCCGGCAAGUUUGUCACAGAACAGACAGAGAACUGACAAUCAACUACCAUGGGGAAUACUACAAGUAGUGCAAUAUCAAAGGAAAUCCUGGAGGACCUGAAGCUCAGCACCAAAUUCACUGAACACGAGAUCUGCCAGUGGUAUGAGAACUUUCAGAAGCAGUGCCCAACAGGACGUAUAUCGCCAGAAGAGUUUGAGGAGAUCUAUUCCCGCUUCUUCCCUGAGAGCGAUGCCAAGAGCUAUGCACGACAUGUGUUUCGCUCCUUUGACACCAACGAUGACGGCACUUUGGACUUCAAGGAGUACAUCAUUGCACUGCACAUGACCUCCACUGGGAAGACAACCAGAAAACUGGAGUGGGCUUUCUCUCUGUUUGAUGUGGACAAGAACGGAUACAUCAACAAGACAGAAGUGACAGAGAUCUGCCAGGCCAUAUUUAAGCUGAUCCCCAAGGAGGAGCAGGCCUUGCUACCAGAGGAUGAGAACACACCCGAGAAGAGAGCCAACAAGCUGUGGUCGGUCUUCGAAAAGAAAGACAGCGAGCGCCUGGCUGAAGGAGAGUUCAUCCAAGGAGUGAUUGAGAAUGAAAAUGCAAUGCGUCUUAUCCUCUAUGAACCACUUAAACAGUAAAGUGACCCUCUUUUGUCUUGUUAGACCCUUUCCAUACUUCCUCCUCUUCUCCUCCACCAAGUAUCGGAUGAUUUCCCCUCUUUGAUCCAUCCAUCCCCUUUAUGUAAAUACUCUUCUAUGCAGUGUCUUGGUCGCAACUAAAAUUUCCAGUAAGUUUCAUCAUACUGUAUGUGAGAUUGUUUUACUAAUGUUUGUCAGUGCAUUUAUAUCAAAUAGAGGCUAAUAGAGACAAGUAAUAACAUAAUGUUUUAAAACAUGUACAGCCAAGCAAUUACAAUAACCCAAUAUGAAUGCUGAAGAAUAUAACCAUAUACCAUAUAUACAAAGACUGUGUAUCAUAAAUAUUACAAAUGUUUAAAAUGACAUUUUGGCUCUAGAUAAAUUGAUUGUUAAUAAAAAAAAUUAUAUCAGUCUCAUACCUGAGUGUUAGCUCAUUAAAGCUUUUUUUUACAGAAGUGGAAAUGUCCUACAAGAGGUUUAGCUCUUGUGUGUUGUAAUCUAUACGCUGUAAAAUAAAUAAAGGUUCGCUCAUACAUCUGUACUUUGAAAAAAAGUUAUUUAUCUGACCCGGGAAACAAAAAAAAAUCUGUUUGACCUAGAAACAUACUGUGUAACAUAAUGCUGGGGGUUGACAAAAAUGGUGCUUUAGGUCUUAAGUUUUCAAUUGUAUUUAUCCCAGACAGUAAAUCCAGGAUUAUCCCAAAUGUAUAACCUCCAGACAUUCAAGGUAAAUUUAUUUAGCUUGAAAUUUGACAAUUUUAAGUUAGACAUGUGAGGAGUAGAGUGAAAUGUCCAUAUAUAAGUGAUAAUUACCUUGAAAGUGUGAUGUUUUCACUGUACACAUCACACUGGUGUUGUUGUUCAAGUGUGUGUGUGCAGUCGGUGGGUGUGCG